AUGGGAAUUCAUGCAUUUAUUGUCCCAAUUCGGGACCUUGAAACCCAUGCUGUUCUUCCUGGAAUUGAGAUCAAUGAUUGUGGGCACAAGAUAGGCCUAAAUGGUGUAGAUAAUGGUGCCCUGAGAUUCCGUUCCGUUAGGAUACCCCGUGACAAUCUUCUGAACCGAUUCGGUGAUGUGGCGCGAGAUGGAAAAUACACAAGCAGUCUCCCCACAAUUAAUAAAAGAUUUGCAGCAACCCUUGGUGAGCUUGUCGGGGGACGAGUUAGUCUUGCAUAUAGUUCUGUGGGAAUACUCAAAGUUGCAGUAACCAUUGCUGUUAGAUAUGCUUUACUGCGUCAACAAUUUGGUCCACCUAAGCAGCCUGAAAUCAGUGUGCUGGAUUACCAAUCUCACCAGCACAAACUAAUGCCUAUGUUGGCAUCAGCAUAUGCAUUUCAUUUUGCCAGGCAGUAUUUGGUAGAUAAGUACUCGGAAAUGAAGAAAACCAAUGACGAGGAUAUUAGCGCUGAUGUCCAUGUACUUUCAUCUGGGUUGAAGUCCUACAUAACUUCAUACACAGCAAAAUCUAUUAGCAUAUGCCGAGAAUCUUGUGGUGGCCAUGGGUAUGCUGCUGUAAAUCGUUUUGGUGGUCUGCGGAAUGACCAUGAUAUAUUUCAAACAUUUGAAGGAGACAAUACAGUUCUGCUGCAGCAGGUACCAAUCGGAAUCCUUUACAAAGCUUAUUUUUGCAAUAUUUGGUGGUUAUACCUCAAAUAUUGUACUGUACCUCUUAUCACAAUGCUAUUGUAG